AUGGCGGAUCAAGGAGCAUCAUCUCAGACGCAGUCCGCUUCCUCUCAUCCUGCGAAUGCGUCUUCUCUAUCUGCUACUAUGGCCGACUUCACUGUCCCGCCCCAUCUCAAAUUUCUCAUGUCGAAUCUAAAGCUCUUGGUGCAUAACCAGCUGACCGUCGACAACUAUGCUUUAUGGCGUAUGCAGAUUCAUCAGGCCUUCACUGCCAACGGAUUCGAAGGCUAUAUCUCCGGCCAACUACCGUGUCCUGAAUCGGUCAGUGAUCAGAAACUUUGGAAGUUAAUUGAUCAAAACUUAAUCUCAGCCCUAUUUUCCACCAUUUUUCCAUCUGUUCUACCAUAUAUUCUGCAUUUGAAAACUUCUCACGAGAUCUGGAUUACCCUGGAGCGUCGCCUGCAACCAUCCAACCGGUCCCGUGUGAUUCAACUGAAGAAUGAGCUACAUAGUGUGCAGAUGAGGGAUCAAACCAUUUCGCAAUAUCUGUCGCAGAUUAAAUCUCUGGUUGAUAACAUUGCAGCUGCCGGAUCUCAUAUUGAUAUUGAGGACAUUAUACUUUUUACUUUAAAGGGACUUCCGCCUUCAUAUAAUCCUUUCAAAGCUGCUAUUCGCACCUCCCCUCACACCAUCACACUUGAGUCCCUCUAUUCCCUAUUAUGCAGCGAAGAGAUCAAUCUUCAAUCGGAGCUUCUGCAAGAAACCACACUGUCCGGUGAUGUUCAGGCUCUUUACUCCUCCCGUGGAUCAGGACGAACCUCCAAUGCCAAGAACAACAGAGGUCUUGCCGGAGUUCCAGGAGCUGCUGCUGAUCCAUGGGUUGCAUCAGGUGGUAUCAGAGCCGAAGCAGCGGGAUGA